AUGUAUUUAAAUUAUAAUAAAUUUUCUUUUUAUAAGAAUUUUAAAAUAGUUACUAAGUAUGAUGUUUUUAAAAGAAAAAUUAGUGAUAUAUGUGAAAGUAAAAUAAUUACACUUACAAAAAGUAAAGAAUAUGAUAAAUUAAAAAUUUAUAAAAACAAUAUAUAUAAUAACAUAUAUGAGAAUCAAAUACUUCAAGGAGUAAAAGUCCAUAAAAUUGAUUCGGAAGGUUAUGGAGAAAUAGCUAUUUAUACAACAAGACAAAAUUUUUUAUUUUUUCUAAAAUUUUUUUUAUUAAUUCCUGAUGAAUUGGUGAAUUUAAGAGUCCUAGAUAUAAAUAAAAAAAGGAAAAAAAUAAAUUUUCAAUUACUCUGUAAAACUAAAAAAAGUAAACAUGAAACAAUACCUAUAUGUAAAUAUUUUUCUAAAUGCGGUGGAUGCAUUUAUCAACACAUUAAUUACAACUAUGAAUUAAAAUUAAAGAAAAAUUUAUUGAUUAGUUUAUGUGAAAAAUACAACAUAAAUGUAUUAGUUAGCAGUAAUAAUUAUUUACAUAAUUCUCAUGAAUUUUCUAAAAUAAGUGAAAAAAAUGAAGAUAACAUGAUAGAAAUAUCUCAAAUAAAAAAAGAGUAUGCAAAAAAUGAUUUUGAAGAUGAAAACCUUUUCAUAAAUAAUAAUUCAUUUGAUGAGGAGAAUAAAACAAAAAACAUGAACGAUAUAAGUCACAAUUUUAACAGUAAUAUUGUUAAGGGAAUUAACAAUUAUAAUAGCCAAAAUAAUAAUGACAAUUAUAAAGACUACGAUUAUAAAAAUGAAGAUACAACUCAUAAAAAUUUAAUGAAUAAUUAUGAAAGAGAAAUGAAAUAUUCGAGAUUAUAUGAUUUUAUAUCUUCACAUGAUUAUCAUUAUAGAAAUAAAUCUUCAAUUAGUUUAUCUGUUACAGAUCAUUUAUCUAUAGGUUAUUAUCGUCAUCAUAGUUAUGAAAUUUGCGAUAUAGAUGAAUGUUAUAUUCAUGAUAAAAACAUACAAGAUAUAUAUGUAGAAAUUAAAAAAGAAAUAAUAGAAAACUUUAAAAAAAAUAAUAUAUAUAUUUUUAAUAAAAUAAACAAUAGCGGAUAUCUAAAAAGUGUGGACAUAAAAUUCAAUGUGUAUAAUGAAGAAAAACAAUUUUUAAUAAAUUUCAUUGGAUUCUCAUUGAGUGAUAAUGCGAAAAAGCAUUUAAAAAAUAUUGCUAAUAAUCUAUCUUUAAAGAAUAAAUCAAUUAAAGGAAUUUUAUAUAAUGUAGAAACUAAUAAGUUGAAACAAAUAAAAAAUGAAACUAUUUUAUAUGGAAAAAAUUAUAUUUAUCAUAAAUAUGAAAAAUAUACUUAUAAAUUAGGAGCUUCCACUUUUUUUCAACCUAAUCAAUAUCUUAAUGAAUGUAUUAUUCAAAUAAUUUUAAAAUUAAUUAAAAUAUAUAAUAUCAAUUCAAAGAAUUCAUGUUUAUUUGAUCUCUUCUGUGGAAUAGGUUUUUAUUCUUUACCACUUUCUGAAUAUUUUACUGAAAUUAUUAGUAUAGAUUAUUCAAUUGAUAAUAUAAAAAGUUUAGAAGAAAAUAUUAAGAUAAAUAAAAUAAAGAAUAUAAAAUGCUUCAAUUUGAAUUUAUUUAAUCCAUACGAUUUAAAACAAAUUAAUUUACAUAUAAGAAGAUACGUCAUAAAUAUAAUAAAAAAUAAUGAUUAUUCCUUUUAUGAUAAUUUAAGGAUGAAAAUUAAUUCCACUCUCAUAUCAACUGAUAAUGAAAAUAUAGUUAUCGAAAAUGUUCAGAAACUUCAUUCUCCUUAUAGUAAUUUACCAAAAUUUGUUUAUGAAAAUUUAAAUGAUGAAUAUUCUCAAAGUUCGAAUAAAAAGACUUCAACCAUUUUUAGUGAAAAUGAUUAUAAAAAUUUUGAUAAUAAUAAGUGUGAAAAUUUGGAUUCAAAUAAUUCUAAUGUAUUAAAUUCAUGUAAUAGGAAUAGCAUUCAUGAUACAGAAUAUGAAUUUGUUAUACCAAUCCCUGAUUUGAUAAUAAUUAACCCACCUAGAAAAGGAUGUGAAAAGUUAUUCAGAAGGUGGCUAAGAGGUUUAUGUUGUAGAUUUAUUAUAUACAUAUCAUGUAAUGCAAACAGCCAAUUUAGAGAUAUUAGUCAUUUAAUUAAUCUAGGCUAUUCUAUAAAAGAAAUUAUUCCAUUAGACACUUUUCCAAGAACACAACAUUUUGAAUCAAUAACUUUUUUAGAAUUCGACUUUAAUAAGAAAAUAGAUAAUGAAAAAAAAGCUAUAAUGGAAUACGAAUUAAGUGAAAUCAAAGAAAACAAAAAAAAAUACAAGAAAAAUUAA